AUGCUUACGCGAUUCCUUAUCCGUUUCCUGCAGAACCUAACUCAGGCAGUUGGCCAGAGGGAGGUUGAACGUGGUGAAAUUGCUGGAGACGAAGAGGAGGAGGACAACUUGGACCAACAUGGGCCUGUCGCAGAGGACACAGGUCCCUCUCCAGAGAUUGAUGCGGAAAUAGUCGCUGUGGGUGCGCUGAUUGCUGACGUCGUUCGAAUUGGUCUGGCCAACGAGCGUCAGAGCGUCGCGGAUGGGGAGCGUCAGCUGAUGGAUACUGAGGAACCACCCGUUCAGAGGGAGAGUGCGCGCAAAAUAUUGCGUGGAAUGAGGGAGACGCAGCAGCGAGCAGCAAAGGAGGCCAUCCAGCAGAGGGGGGAGGAGAUGAUAGAGGAUCGGAUAAUGGAGGAGCUUGCAACUGCUUUACAGGCAGUGCAUCUCCCCGUCGAGAAUGAUCAACAGGAUCAGUGUCAGGGUUUGGAAGACGGGCAGGGGAGACUGAAUGUUGUAGGCGAAUUGGAGGAAGAGAUGCAGGGGUCGGAACUGGAGACUAGGGUGGUGUAUCAGAGACGGAAGGCACGAAUAAAGAAGAGGUAUGAUCUGGGGCGGGAGGAGCGUCCUCGGGAGGAGGAAGAUCUGGAGAGGGAGGAAGAGAGUAAGCUGGAGCGCGAAAAGGAGGAGAAGCGGCAGGAGGAAGAGCGGCAGAGGGAGGAUGAGAGGAAGGCGUUGCGCAAAAAGCUGGAGAAGCGGCAGAGGGAGGAGGAAGAGCGGAAGGAGGAGGAGAAGGUGGAGCGCGAAAAGGAGGAGAAGCGGCAGCGCGAAGAGGAAGAGCAGAAGAGGGAGGAGGAAAAAAAGGUGGAGCUCGAAAAAGAGGUAAAGCGGCAGAGGGAGGAGGAAGCGCGGAAGAGGGAGGAGGAACAGGUUGAGCGCGAAAAAGAGGAGAAGCGGCAGAGGGAGGAGGAAGAGCGGCAGAGGGAGGAUGAGAGAAAGGUGGAGCGCGAAAAGGAGAAGAAGCGGCAGAGCGAGGAGGAAGUGCGGAAGAGGGAGGAGGAACAGGGUGAGCUCGAAAAAGAGGAGAAGUGGCAGAGGGAGGAGGAAGCGCGCAAGAGGGAGGAUGAGAGAAAGGCGGAGCUUGAAAAGGAGGAGAAGCGGCAGAGGGAGGAGGAAGCGUGGAAGAGGGGGGAGGAACAGGUUGAGCGCGAAAAGAAGGAGAAGCGGCAGCGGGAGGAGAAGCGGCAGAGGGAGGAGGAAGCGCGGAAGAGGGAGGAUGAGAGAAAGGCGGAGCUUGAAAAGGAGGAGAAGCGGCAGAGGGAGGAGGAAGCGUGGAAGAGGGAGGAGGAACAAGUUGAGCGUGAAAAGGAGGAGAAGCGGCAGCGGGAGGAAAAGCGGCAGAGGGAGGAGGAAGCGCGGAAGAGGGAGGAUGAGAGAAAGGCGGAGCUUGAAAAGGAGGAGAAGCGGCAGAGGGAGGAGGAAGAGCGGAAGAGGGAGGAGGAACAGGGUGAGCUCGAAAAUGAGGAGAAGCAGCAGGGGGAGGAGGAAGCGCGGAAGAGGGAGGAUGAAAGAAAGGCGGAGCGCGAAAAGGAUGAGAAGCGGCAGAGGGAGGAGGAUGAGCGGAAGGAGGAAAAGAAGGUGGAGCACGAAAAAGAGAAGCGGCAGCGCGAGGAGGAAGAGCAAAAGAGGGAGGAGGAAAAGAAGGGGGAGCGCGAAAAGGAGGAGAAGCGGCAGAGGGACGAGGAAGCACGGAAGAGGGAGGAUGGGAGAAAGGCGGAGCUUGAAAAGGAUGAGAAGCGACAGAGGGAGGAGAAAGCGCGGAGGAAGGAGGAGGAACAGGUUGAGCGCGAAAUAGAGGGAAGGAGGAGAAGCGGCAGAGGGAGGAUGAAGAGCGUUGCGCGAAAAGGAGGAGAAGCGGCAAAGGGAGGGGGAAGAGCGGAAGGAGGAGGAGAAGGUGGAGACGAAAAGGAGGAGAAGCGGCAGCGCGAGGAGGAAGAGCAGAUGAGGGAGGAGGAAAAGGAGGAGUGCGAAAAGGAUAAGAAGCGGCAGAGGGAGGAGAGAGCGCGGAAGAAGGAGGAUGAGAGAAGGGCGGAGCUCGGAAAGGUGGAGAAGCGGCAGAGGGAGGAGGAAGCGCGGAAGAGGGAGGAGGAACAGGUUGAGCGCGAAAUGGAGGAGAAGCGGCAGCGGGAGGAGGAAGCGCAGAAGAGGGAGAAGGAAAAGAAGGUGGAGCGCGAAAAGGAGAAGCGGCAGAGGGAGGAGAAUGCGCGGAGGAGGGAGGAGGAACGGGUUGAGCACGAAAAAGAGGAGAAGCGGCAGAGGGAGGAGGAAGAGCGAAAAAGUGGGGAGGAAAAAAAGGCAGAGCGCGAAAAAGGGGACAUGCGGCAGCGGGAGGAGGAAAAGCUGAAGCGGGAGGAGGAGAGGAAGGAAGAGCACGAAAAAAAUGAGAAGCGGCAUAGGGAGGUGGAACGGGAGCGGAAUAGGCUUGAUGUCGAGGAUCGACAGGCGCGCGAAAAGGAAGCAAGGGAAAAUGGGGAGCGGGAGCGUAAGAGGCUGGAGGCCAGAGAGCGGAAAGCGCGAGAUGAGCCACGGGAAGGGGAGCGAGAGCAACAGAGGGUGGAGGCUGAGGAAGCGCACCGAAGGGAGAAUCAGCUGAGGCAUGCGUGUGGACGGGUGGAAGAGGAGCAGGAGAGUGCGGCUAGUGCGCUCCCUAUUCAGAGGAGUUGUCCACGUGCGGCAGAGAAUCCUGCUACGGGGCAGGGCGAGGAACUGGAGGAGGGUGAAUGGGUGGCCUUGGAGAGGGAACUGCAGGAACAGGAGAAAGCUUGGCCCCAGGUUUUUGAGGAGACGGCGGAUGGAUUCGAGGAGGCCGGAGACCGCAUCGCAGCUAGCGGCGGGAUGCAACCCACACGAGAGUUAAUGCGGCGUCUGACAAUGGUGGCGAGGUCAGUGGCCAAGAUUUCGUCGGAACAAGGUGUUCGCUUCAGCGACUGCAUGGCCGAGAUUCGCCAGUUUGGUGCGCGGAUGCAGGGAUGGGAAACGCGGUACUUGCAGGACUACGAUGAUUUGACACACGAGUACCACAUGCUAAAGGAUUCUGUUGUGCGAGAGCGCGAGCAGCUUUGCGAAAUUCGUUCUGCUCUUUCGACGUCUACGGCCGAGGCACAAGCGGCAGCAGCUGAUGCAGGUCGAGCAGCUGCAACGGCGGUUGUAGAAGCAUUGCAGGAAAAGCUCGAGGGGUUUUCCGAGGCGUUUCUGGAAAGGCUGAAGGGUGUAGUGUCACAGGCGGUAUUGCAAGCGUCAAAAGGGGGAAAGCUUGAGUCCACGAUCACGGCCAUCUCCAUCGAAUACCUCGAAAAGGCUAUUGAAAAUAGCAUAUACACAGUGUGGGAGGAUCUCAAAGUUGCGGAAGACCAAAACUCUCGGAGUUUCAAAGCUAUUCAGAAAGCUCUUGCAGGAUUGGCAGCAAAGCUCCGUGGGCGGACUGGACCCAUCAACGUCGGAAAUCCACACGGCGCCAGAGCAGAUGCCACAAAGCUCAAAGGGCGGACUGGAGCCAUCCACGUCGGAAAUCCUCUCGCAGCCAGACCAGACGCCACCAAGCUCAAAGGGCGUACUGGACCCAUCAACGUCGGAAAUCCUCUCGCCACCAGACCAGAUGCCACAAAGCUCAAAGAGCGGACUGGACCUAUCAACGUCGGAAAUCCUCUCGCAGACAGACCAGAUGCCACAAAGCUUAAAGAGCGGACUGGAGCCAUCAAGGUCGGAAAUCCUCUCGCCGCCAAACUAGAUGCCACAAAGCUCAAAGAGCGGACUGGAGCCAUCAACGUCGGAAAUCAUCUCGCCGCCAGACCACCCGGAACAAAUCUCAAAGGGCGGACUGGACCCAUCUACGUCGGAAAUCCUGACGCCGCCAGAUCAGAGGCCACGCCAAACUCCACGCGACCGCAGGCUGAAGCAGACUCACCGGACAUCCCUAUCGCCGCUGCACAAAAAGUAGUGGAAAGGUUUGUCGCGACUCUCGAGGGCGAAGCAGGUGAGGCGUGUGAGGUGGGCGCUGGUGUGGCAGAUGUUGACUUGUCUUGGCCGGUGAGAAGAGACUGGAGAGAGACGUUUGCGGCGAAGGAGUUGCAGAAAGAGAAGGAGAAGGAGAGCCAGGAGAAGUUGGCGGCCGAAACGCGCAAGCGGACUGCAUGUCAGAGGGAGCAAGCAUGGAUGCGGGGAAAUACAAUGGUGGAGGCACAUCGUGUGUGGGACCAGCGCGAAUCGGGUAAGAAGCAGCAGAGGGGUGAGGAUGAGGGUAGAAUGCUAGAGGAGAGGCGGGUGCAGCGCGAAAAAGAGGUGAAGCAGCGGAGGGAGGAGGAACAGCGAAAGAGGGAGGAGAAAAAGGUGGAGCGCGAAAAAGAGGAGAAGCGACAGAGGGAGGAGGAAAAGAGGAAGAGGGACGAGGAACGAGAGGUCGAGCGCGAAAAGGAAGAGAAGCGCCAGAGGGAAGGGGAAGAGCGGAAGAGGGAGGAGGAAAGGGUGCAGCGCGAAAAAGAAGAGACGAGGCAGAGGGAAGAGGAUGAGCAGAAGCGAGAGGAGGAAAGGCGGGUCGAGCGCGAAAGCGAGGAGAAGCGAAAGAGGGAGGAGCACGCGAAGGCGGUGAAGAGGCGGGCACAAUUGGAGGCAGAGUUGGAGGCAAAGCAUGAGCGGAUAGCAAAGCUUGCUGAAGCGAAGCGGUUGGAGGCCGACAAGCAAAAAAAGGACCUCGAAAUAGAGCGUCAGAAAGCGCAAAAGGAGAUGGAGCGUAUUGCACGGUUGAAGGAAGCCGCAAAGAAGGAAGAGGAGAUGCAACAAAAGGAGUUAGAGGCAGAAACGGAGAAAAUGGAAAAGGAAAGGCGAAGAAUUGCGGGGGAGAGUGUGGAUGCGGCAGCAGAGCAAGGGCAGGCAGAAGAGGCGGAAGGUGUAGUGUGCGCCGGGAUUCUAAAUGUGCUUAGCAUGGUUCCGGAAGCACAACUGCAAGUAGUGGACCUGGUGGAGGAGCAAGAUGAUUGGGUACAUCUGACAGGCCCUGCUGAUUCAGAGACUCAACCGCCUUCGAAAAGGCCUCGCAUAGAGCACAUGGGAACGAACAUGGACGCAGAUGAGGGGUCUUACGGAGCUGCGCAGUCAGAGGAUGCAGUCGGUGAAAAUGUGUCGGGAAAUCAGAAUGUGCAACCCACAUUGGGAGAGGCGACAAACGAGGUGGUACAGAGAAGGAUUGACGUGCUACCAGACGAGCUAGGGAAGCGAUGGGGGGAAACAAAGCAUUUCAGAUCGAGUGGUCUUACUACACGCGAAAAAACCAACAAGGACAGGGUGGUGUCCGUGCGGUACAACUCGGAGCAAACCGUCGGGGGUGUGAAGAGGAACAUGGGGAGCUUCAAGGAGAAGAAACUGCGCAACUUCACGGUGGCCGUCUGUUGGAUGGCCUAUUUCCCCGACACGGACACGGUCCAUUACGGCAUGGAUCCUGUCGAGGUUGGAGAGUGGGCGGUCCAUCUCGAAUUCGCUCGUGAACUCCCGACAGGUGUCUGGAGUGUUAUGAACGAAUUGAACCUGGACAAAUACGAAAACUUCGACAACGUGAUGAAAAAAGCUUACGCAUGGGUGAAAGAAGGCGCACAUUUCCAGGUGGCUGUCUGUACGGGGAUUGGACAGGCGCUGGUGCACGGAGGGGUUGGGCUGGUGUCGGCCCCAUUCAGUGUCAGUUCCGCGGUCUAUGCAGCGGGAGUGGCUGCAACCCUCUAUACCCUGUGGUGUGCCUCGAUCGGGAUUCCCCACCAAGACUGGGCGGAGGGUGCGGAUGAGGCGGCUCGUGGCACGCUUAAUGAGGGAAGCCUUGCGUUUUGA